CUCUGCUACAGUAAGGGUCAGGUGCAACACUGCAACCAACACAAACUUAUACCACAGCCUUUGAGCAGAGACCUGCAAGCUAAACCUACAGACUCAUCCUAAAGCGACAUUGCAGGAUAACCCUUAACUGGUGUUCAGCAUGGCCAAUCACACCAGCGCCCUGAGAUGCAUCCUGCUGCUGCUAUUGGCCGUCGCUCUGGCCUCGGCUUUGAGAACAUUGGACACGAAUGAACAGCUGGAGAAGACCGGCUUCGGGACCCCGCCCCCUCGCCACGGCCUCAAACUACUCCUCUGGUAUGUCCAGACCUGCAUCGACAACAACAUGGUGUCUCUCUGUGACCCCAGGGAGGGAGCAUACGGGUUCCAUAUGUUCAAGAACUAUAAACUGUUACUCCCCAAACUGAAAGACCAGAACCUGUACAACUACUACACCAUUGGUAACCUCCAUUCCCACGGUGCAGAGAACCUGCCCUAUGAAGUGAGGCGGUACUACGACAAAGACAACCUCCUCAGCAACCAGGACAGGGUGUUGGUGAAGUACAACCAGAACAACAAUCACAUCGAGAAGAUCUACAUCUCAGAGCACUACAAGCAACGCAAGACGUACAUGAUUGGGCCCAAUCUUCUCUCCUCUCUCAGACAGCCCAGCAGGCUUGCAAUGAUACGAUAGUAUGAAUAUCAAAUCUGUACAUUAUGCUAUUCACUGUUGUUUUCCUUGACACAAACUUGAUGGCAUUACUAAAACUGUAAUAUGUCAACCUGAUUUUAUUGCUGUUGUGUUUACUGUAACGUUCUGUUUCCUUUACAGAGACGCUAGAGAAGAAAAAAAAUUACAGACAGAACAUUGCGAUUCUGAGUGCACUGAAAUCAAGUUCAUUUGUGUCUGCUAUAACGCAGUCCUUGUUCAAUCAUUCCUACUGAUGUUGAUUCAACUGAUGACUUACAUGACUAUAGAAUGUGAAUGUAAUGCAAAAAAGGGUAUAUUUUUGUUGCUGUUUCCGAUUGUUUCAUGCUACUUCUUAUACAAUUUUAGAAGUGUUGAUCACAGAGUGACAGUGAUCUCUAUGCCAGUGGCGGUCGGUGCCUUUUAAGAUGAGGGAGGACGGUCAUUUUUUUUAUGAGCAAGACCUUAUUUCUAUUACAGCAUAUUGAACGACUGUCAUUCAUAUUCCAUUCACCCAGCUCAAUGUAACAUCGAUAGGUUUAGGCUACUUACUACAUGAUACUCAAAUUUUCCCUGUAUCCAUCAUGAGGUUGCUACAACCUAGCCUAUGAAUGAAAGUUUACAACCUAGAUGCACAGGUUCGAGAGAAAUUUGAAUAUUCAAGGGGACAGACAUUGACACAUUCAAUACCACCUUGCACACUCUUGCCUGCAUCUAGCUGAUCUAGGGUGUAAUUAUUAGUCCAACAGUUGCAAACAAGAGUUUCUAUUGGACAAAUUCAGGUAUGUUUAUACUCGUUGUGUUUAGUUUGCUUCCGUUUAAGAAAUGUUUUCUACAGAAUCGGCAGAAUGAAUAAACCCCUGAUCACACGCAAAAGCAGUUCACUUUCAUAGCACACAGAUCGUUGUAUAAAGAUUGUUCAAUAAUUCCUUCUCACAUCUACGCGCUCUCCUCCUCUCACCUUUUCCCUUCUCUUGCAUACUUCAGUGCACAACACAUCAGCUGUCUGUGACCAGGUGAAAAAACCUUUCCAAGCCAAACCUUCAUAUUGUAAAAGCUAACCACUACACACAGCCUACAUCGUUGACACCAUAUUUGCUAACAUCAAGUCAACACCAUAGCUAUAAGAACUAACGCUUUAGUAAACCCACUACAAUCAUGA